AUGCAGCUUCUCCCUCCAUUAUUUAUUAAUUUUGCUUUGGCAUUAUUUGUACUCAACAUUGGCUAUGUUGUGACUAGUUCGAAGGCUUUGAGCAAUACGAAAUAUGACCAAUAUCGAAGUUUAAACGUUUACUUUUCAAAAGUAAAAUCAUCGAAUGAAAUGAAGAUCAUCACUGUCGACAAUCAUGGUUCUGGGGAUUUCAAUACUAUACAAGCAGCCAUUGAUUCAAUUUCCCCCAGUAAUACUCAAUGGAUAAAGAUCCAAAUUUCUCCAGGCAUAUACACAGAAAAGGUAACUAUUCCGCCUGAGAAGCCAUAUAUUUAUCUUGAAGGAAUUAAUGGUCGAGAUCAUACUGUUAUCACAUUUAACGAUCAUGGAGAAACAGAUGAAAGUGCUACAUUCUCGUCUCACCCAGACAACAUUGUUGCCAAGGGCAUUACAUUUGAGAACUCGUACAACAUUAUGAUGAGCACUGGUGAGGUAACACCGGCGGUGGCAGCAAGAAUAUAUGGUGACAAAUCGGCAUUUUUGGAUUGUGGGUUUCGGGGUGUUCAAGAUACCUUGUGGGACGUAACCGGUCGCCAUUAUUUCAGCAAUUGUUACAUCGAAGGAGCUGUAGAUUUUAUUUUUGGUUAUGCCCAAUCUUAUUACGAGAAAACAAGUAUAAAUGUGACAGUUGGGAAGAUGCAAAAUAAUAAUGUUGAAUAUAUAGGAUACAUAACAGCACAAGGUCGAGCAUCAGCUGAGGAUUCUGGUGGGUUUGUAUUUGAAGGAGGCUCUAUUUCAGGGAGUGGCCAAGUGUAUCUGGGUAGAGCUUAUGGUGCUUUUUCUCGAGUCAUAUUUCAUGCCACUAAUUUUGCUUCCAUCAUAAUUCCAAAUGGAUGGAGUAAUUUUACGUAUGCUGAGGUUCAUUGUGAAGGACCCGGAUCUGACACAUCCAAACGUGCUGCAUGGGAAAAAGAGCUUAGUCUAUCGAAGUUCAAGAGUACUUACUCGAAAUCAGUAUUCAUUAAUCAAGAUAAUUGGAUUGAGGCAAUCCCCCAAUAG